AUGGAAAUUAGUACAAUACUAAAAAAUGUAAGUAAAGAUAUUUCUGAUAAAUCUAUUGCUAGUGAUUGUAUGUUUGGUAAGAGGUAUGACUGUACUUUAUUUGGUGAACGAGUUACUGUUGAAGAAACUAUAAAAGAUCAAUGGGAUGUUAAUGAUAUUCAAAGGAUAUUUAAAGUACUUUCUUUUGUAAGAGAAAAAGGAUGCAAUCAUAUUGUACAACCAAUGGGAUAUACUGUUAAAGAUAAAUCAUUAAAUAUUUAUGGAAUUGUUCAUCAAAAGUUUGUAUGUAAUUUAGAAGAGUUUUUAUUUCAAAGAGAAAAAACACUUUUUAAGAAUAUAACACUAACAGUCCCAUUGAAAUAUAAUAUCGCUAUUCAAUGCUCAGAGGCAUUAUAUAUCUUUCAUAACCUUGGUUAUGUUCACAAAAGAAUUGAAUUAAAAUCAUUUUUUAUCUUGAUAAAAAUAUGA